AUGGCCCCACCCCAGCGUAGAUGGGAGAUUUUGUGUGUGAGGCUGUGUGGAAAUCCAGAAUUCGCCCAAUCACACCGUUAUGGGACAGUGGCGCCACCUGAUGAAAUAACAGUGAGUUAUAGACAUGGCUUUCCCGUGAUCACGCUCACCUUGCCAUCCAGAAGAGAGCGCUGUCAGUUUGUGAUCAAGCCCAUGCUGUCCACCGUGGCCUCCUUCCUUCGGGAUGUGCAGAACGAAGACAAAGGGGUCAAAGAAGUGGCUGUUCUCACAGCAGAUGGCAAUGCUCUUCCAGCUUCAACUUCAAUGGAUGUUUUACUCAUGGAAGAUUUUAAACUUAUCAUUAACAAAGUAGCAUAUGAAGUACAAUGUCCUAAGAAAGAAAAACCCGGUCAUGAGCACGUGGCAGAGCUGGAAGAUGUGAAAUUUCUGGUCCACAGGCUGUUCACAGUCUUGCACUUAGAAGAGUUUCAGAAGAAGAGGGAGCACCAUUUGUUGGAGAAAAUCGACCUCCUGCAGGAGCAGCUGCGGCCCCUGGAGCAGGUGAAAGCUAGUAUCGAAGCUCAGUCGGAAGCCAGAACCAGCAGCCUCCUGUGGGCUGGCUUAGCGCUGCUCUCCGUGCAGGGUGGGGCUCUGGCCUGGCUCACCUGGUGGGUGUACUCCUGGGAUAUCAUGGAGCCGGUCACAUACUUCCUCACAGUUGCGAAUUCCAUGGUCUUUUUUGCAUACUUUAUAACCACGCGACAGAAUUACACUUACACAUCCAUGAGGAGUAGGCAGUUUCUUCAGUUCUUCCACAAGAAAUCACAACAGAAGCAUUUUGAUGUGGAGAAUUACAACAGGCUGAAAGAAGACCUGGCGAAGGCUACAGAAUCCCUGGACCGGGUCCGCCAUGCCCUCUAUUGGAGAAUUCAUUGAAUCCUUGCCUUUUUAAGCGUCAUUGGAUUUCUCCUGUAUGUAUUCAUUUGUAACUUAAAAAUAAGACAUUUGGGGGCUUCAUAGUUGAGUUAAUAAAUCUGGAGAAGCAGAA